CUUUCCUUUUAAAAUAGUGAAAAAGGCUCUUAAGUUUGAAAAAAACUUUCAGAAAUGUAGAAUUAAAGAGUGCUGGCAUGCCCAGUUUUAAUUUUGGCCUGCUUUGUUCUAUAAACGGCUGUGUCAAUCUGAUGGUCUUGCAGGUGGUAGUGUUUUAAACACGCCCUGUAGCAGAUGUGUUCAGUUUAUCAUAGCCUUUCACUAGUGCAUGUGUUUUCUAGGAGAUGAAUCGUAUAACACAAUCUAGAAAGACUUUUUAGAAAGGCCAUGUGAAAAUGUUAGGCUGUCUUGUCAAAAUACAAAUAGGUAAAGAAACCAGUGCAUGAUUAUAGGCCAUGUUGCCUGUUUUGCAUUUUAUGCUGAAAGGAGAUUGCGAUGUUUAGUUUAGUGUUGCUGAUACUUUCCCAGAUAAUUCAUUUCCCUUCCCUGACAGUCUAAGAACUAACCACGCAGUCACUUGAGAAGUCAUGAUAUUUGUGCAUGAAUUAGAAAAAAAAAAUAUUUUUGUUCAGAUUGUCCCUAUAUUGAAUGCAAAAUAAUAUGAUUUUCAGAUUAACAUAAAUCUCUUCUAGUUCUAGAAAAAACAAAUUAUCUGGAGUUAAUAGAGGAGACGGAAACAAGGUUUCAUAGCUUUUAGAAGCUAGAUCGAGUUUUAUUUGCACCUUGUGUGCAACCGCGGAGCUUCCAAAUAACAACCCAAGAAUUCAUGUAACAAGUCUGGAGUAGUUGCAGACAACGUGCAACAGGUAUAUCUGAACCUUCUUUUAUUGCUAAAAGUGAAGAUCGUUUGUUUAAACAUUUAUUUGAAGACUAUCAAAGAUGGGUUCGUCCCGUGGAACGCUUGAACGACACCAUAAAAAUAAAGUUUGGCCUUGCAAUCUCUCAGCUAGUAGAUGUGGAUGAGAAGAAUCAAUUGAUGACAACAAAUGUCUGGUUGAAACAGGAAUGGAUAGAUGUAAAAUUAAGGUGGAAUCCAGAAGACUAUGCUGGCAUAACAUCUAUUCGUGUCCCAUCAGAUUCUAUUUGGAUUCCAGACAUUGUGUUGUAUGACAAUGCAGAUGGACGUUUUGAGGGAACAUCUACAAAAACUGUGGUAAAAUAUGAUGGCACCAUUGCUUGGACUCCACCAGCAAACUACAAAAGUUCUUGUACUAUUGAUGUAACCUUCUUCCCCUUCGACCUCCAAAACUGCUCUAUGAAAUUUGGUUCCUGGACUUACGACGGCUCACAGGUUGAUAUAAUUCUUGAAGAUUAUGAUGUAGACAAAAGAGACUUUUUUGAUAAUGGAGAAUGGGAAAUAGUGACUGCAACAGGGAGCAAAGGAAAUAGGACUGAUGGAUGCUGCUGGUAUCCUUUUGUUACGUACUCUUUUAUAAUUAGACGUUUGCCCCUGUUCUACACGUUGUUUCUCAUUAUUCCUUGUAUUGGACUUUCGUUUCUAACUGUCCUUGUCUUUUGUCUUCCUUCAAAUGAAAGUGAAAAAAUUUCACUUUGCACUUCAGUACUGGUAUCUUUGACUGUUUUUCUUCUUGUCAUUGAAGAGAUUAUUCCAUCAUCUUCUAAAGUUAUCCCACUUAUAGGAGAAUACUUGGUGUUUACUAUGAUAUUUGUGACAUUGUCCAUUGUGAUAACUGUCUUUGCUAUCAAUAUUCAUCAUCGCUCUUCGUCUACACACAAUGCCAUGGCACCUUGGGUUCGCAAGAUAUUUCUUCACAAACUUCCCAAGCUGCUUUGCAUGAGAAGUCACGUAGAUCGAUACUUUGCUCAGAAGGAGGAAACGGGAAAUACGAAUGGAUCGGAAUCAUCUAGGAACACCUUGGAAGCAGCUCUAGAUUCUAUCCGAUAUAUUACAAGGCAUGUUAUGAAGGAGAAUGAAGUUCGCGAGGUUGUUGAAGACUGGAAAUUUAUUGCUCAGGUGCUUGAUCGCAUAUUCUUAUGGAGUUUUCUGCUGGUUUCAAUAAUUGGAUCACUUGUAUUAUUUAUUCCUGUUAUUCAUAAGUGGGCAAGUAUAAUAGUACCUACGCAUAUAGGCAGUACACACGCAUGAUUUUGGAUCUCUCUCCUGCUGCUAUGGCUCUAAAAAGUUGGGAAAUAGCUGCAUUUCCGUGCACGUUGUUUGUAGGUAUGUUUUUUUAUAGAGUAAAAAAAAUCCCAAACCAGAAAACUCUGUUUAUAUUAAGGCAUGGCAUCCCUAGCACGCAUAGAAGUCAGUUUGCUUAGUGCAGUCUACAAAGUUACUUCUAAAUCAGGUCAGAAUUAAAAGGACCUUCUCAAGAACUUGCAUGUAUCGAAAAAGCAUACACGGACACCUACUUCGAAAUAGAAGGAUCUACGUUUUUUUGGUGAUGAUCACAGUAGUCCAACUAUUAAGUUACCAUAUAAAUUGUUAUAUUGAGUGUUUGCAGAUGUUUAUACAGUAGGGUUGCUUAUUUCAAUUUACUGUAGUACGCAAAGGAGAAUUUUUAUCCGCUGUCUUCUUGUAAAAAUAUAAAGUUUCUACAGAGUAAAUUUAAAAUACUACUAAAAAUACCACUUAAAAUUCAUGUAUAUUCAACAUAUAAGUAAAUGUAGCGAUUUGGCUAUAUCUUGCCUUUGGUUAAUUGCUAUCACUAACAUUUAAUACAGUAAGCCUUAAAAUGCCUACAGGAUACACGUGUAUCAGUAUCUGUGUCAGCUGUGAAAGGGAAGGCAAAGACAAUUAAAUGAAUUCCCAAGUGGCACAAGAGUUCUGAUAGACUGGAACAUUCCGAUUCCGUUAUUCUUGAUGAAGAAUUUGAUACAGUAUGAUAGCUGCAAACAUGUUAAUCAUUUCCUGCCCUUGCGUGUUACUCAGAAUUAAGUUUUUAAGCACAGAUAGAAGGAAUUUGGUGAAUGCUCUUCUGAAGGAAAUGGGUUGAAGAUUAUUAUGUUGUGUAACCAAAUACUCAUGAUUAAAUGAUUUUAAAACAUUACUAUUUUCACAUGUUUGUUAAACUGAAUUGAAAGCUACCUUUAAUAGAUUCUUUCCCUCACAGAACCAGAUGUAACUGAGCAGUGAGGGCUCACAGCUUUCCAUACUUUAUUUUUUCUGAGUGCUGCAAACUAAAUUGCAACUUCUUAAUUAUUCCAUUAAAAUAUAUUCUUUAAAUACCAAUUUUAGUUCAUUCCAUUCUAUGAUUCCGUCAUUCCAUUGCCACCUUUCUUAAAAGCUUUAUUUCUGCAGGUGACUCUGAAAUAAAUGGGGGCUUUGUCAGUGAACUUCAUAAUACAGUUGCAUCCUGCAGGGCUAAUACAGUAAUGCUAAGCUCAAGCAAGUCUUGCAAAGUUUUUAUUUGCUUAAAUUACUACAUUAAUAAUGUUUAUGUGGAAAGUUUAAUGUUAAUCGUGUUUUCUU